AUUAUUUAAAUCAUGAAAAAAAAUUACAUGAAGAUUACAUCAAAGAUAAUAGUACUAUUGCAACUUUAAUUAAAUUAUCAAACAUAUCAGAUGAUACUAAAAAAAAAUUUGAAAAUCAAAGAUUAGAAAUAUUAUAUGGUAAACCUAUAGAACAUGAAAUACCUAAACUAAAAUCUAAAAAACAACCUGAUAGCUUUGAAGAUAUUUUAUUCAAUGAAUUAAAAAAAGAAAUAGAAAAUAUCAAAGAAAAUAAUGCAGAAAAAUUAACAGAUUAUGAAGAAUUAGAAGAUAAAAUAAAUGAAUCAAGAUUAUCAAAUGAUAAAGUUGAAAAAUUACACAAACUGAGAAAAAAUAAAUUAGCUAAAUUCGCAAAUAAUAAAAUCAAACAAUUAGAAAAUAAAAUUAAAAUAUCAAAAACUGUAAAGGAUAUAGAUUAUAUAUUUGAUGAAUUAAUCUAUGAUAAAAUAUUAUCAGAUGAAGAAAAGGAUAAUAUCACAACACUAUCUCAAAAUAAAUUAGAAAAAAUCAAAGAUAUAAAUGAGAUUAUAUUAACUGAUUUGAAUAAUGAUAUAUUAAAAAAUAAAAUCUUAACACAUGAACAAAUUCAAGAUAUAUCUGCAUCGAUAUUAGAAAAAAUAACUAAAAUAAAUGAAAAUAACAAAAUAUAUGAUGAAAUCAAAACAGAUAUUGAUAGAUUCUUGAUUCCUGAAAAUUUAUAUGAUUUUAUCAAAGAAAAUAUCAAUACCUUUGAUAAAGAAUAUCUAUCUAACAAUAAAGAUAAAUUAUCAUUAAACAAAUAUUAUAUGGAAAAACAAGAAAAAUUAAUUAAAGAAAUCAUAGAGAGGGAAAAUAAUUAUUAUAUAAAAAUAAUAUUGUUUUCUGGUUUAACCAUUAAAGAAUGUAAAAUUGCAAUAAACAACAGAUGGAAUGAAUUUCAAAUCAUAAAUAAAUAUGUAGAAUAUCGUGAAUUUAGAAAAAUAAAUAUUAUAGAAGUUCAAAAAUCUGAAUUGUAUUUAUUAUUAGAUAUACUUGAAGAUAUACUUAAUAAUGAUAAAACUACUUUCAAGUUCUUACCUAAAGAUUAUAAAAAAAUGAAAAUAGAUAGUUUAAAUGAUGAUUUUUUACCAUGUAGUGCAAAACAAAAUGAUCUUAGAAAAGCAAUAUCUGAUAAAAAAAAUACUUUUAGAUACAGAAUCAAUGAACUCAAUAAUGAAUUUAAUAAUGAUGGACUUGAUCCAAAUAGAUAUGAAAAAAUAUUAAAAUCUAUUAAUGAAACUGAAGAAAUAAAUAAAAAAUUCACAGGAAACAUCAUCAAUAAUUUUGAAAUAUCAGGUACUGAAAUAGAAAAAAUAGAAAAUGAAUUUGAUAAAUCAUUAUCUGGAGUAUAUAAAUUAUCUUAUAUUUUUGAUUUAAUAAUUUUUGAUUCAGAAAAAUUAAAAAAUGUUGAUAAAUUGGCUGCUGAUGCUAAAAACUAUCAUAAUAGUUGGUUACAAUAUACUAAUAGUAUUCAAUAUAAAUAUAUCUUACAUGAAAAAGAAGGUGAAUUACCUUAUAUGGUAAAAAAUAGAAGUCUUGCUUUAUGGAUAAAUAAUAAUAAUAAAAGAAUAGUAGUUGAUGAUAGUGAUAAUUUUUUUCACAUAACUGAUGAUAUAAGAGAGACUAGUAAUGAAAUUAGUAAAUCAAUAUUAUCAAUAUUACAAUUACACUAUCUAGUUAGAUACAUAGCAUAUAAACAGGUAGUUAUAGAUGAAUUACAUGAUCCUCAUAAAAUUUAUAAUGAUUUUGAACAAGCAAAAUUUCAAAUAAAAGAAAAAUUAAUAGAUAAAGAAAAUACUAUAAUCAUAUUUGACAAAGCUCAUUUUCCAAACACAAGUUAUCAAGUAAUCCAACCAUUGGUAAUUAAUAAGAGUUACAAAGUUUUAGUUAUGAGUGCUAUUUUUCCAAAUAAAAAAUUCUCUAUAUCAACUUCGAAACAUAGAGAAGUUUAUAUUCAACCUUUAUCAGUAGUUAGCAUAAUUCAACAAAUAUGUUGUGUUGGUCAUCUCAAACUUGGAAAAGCUUUCUUAACAACUCAAAAAUUACAAGAAAUAAUACCAGAUAAUGAUAUUAUAUUUUAUCUUAUCAAUGCUGCUAUCGCUCUUCCAUAUAAAAAAGAUCAUCCUGUAGAGGCUAUUAUAGUAAAUUUAAAUAGAAACCCUAAACCAAGUUCUGCUAUUCUAUUGAAAAUUUGUUCAAUAUACAAUAUUCUACCAAAACCUGAUAUAAAGAUAAAAAUCUCUGGAAUAUGA